GACAGGGCGCGCGCGUGCGCGGCGCGCCCGGAAGCGCGGCGGCGGACUGGGAAGAGGAGCCCGAGGUGGCGGCGGGGAACGGCGGCGGUUGCGGCUUUGCUCGCCCGGCAGCACCAGCGGACAUGACGAACUUCAUAUCGGUGCAGUUGAAGAAGGCCUCAGAGGUGGAUCUGGCCAAGCCACUGUGCAAGUUCAUUCAGCAGAGCUACCCGGGCGCCGAGGCGCAGGCCGAGCACUGCCGCGCCGCCGAGGAGCUCAGCAGGCUCCGCAAAAGCGCUCUCGGCCGCCCGCUCGACAAGCAUGAGAGCGCCCUGGAGACCCUCCUCAGAUACUAUGAUCAGCUGUGUUCAGUAGAACCAAAGUUUCCAUUCUCUGAAAAUCAGGUCUGUGUAACGUUUACAUGGAAAGAUGCUUUUGAUAAAGGAUCACUUUUUGGAGGAUCUGCCAAAUUGGCUCUGGCAAGUUUGGGAUAUGAGAAGACCUGUGUUUUGUUCAAUUGUGGAGCACUGGCAAGCCAGAUUGCAGCAGAACAGAAUCUGGACAGCGAUGAAGGACUAAAAGCUGCAGCUAAGCACUAUCAGUUUGCUAGUGGUGCUUUUCAACACAUUAAAGACACAGUUUUGUCAGCCUUGAAUCGAGAGCCUACAGUGGACAUCUCUCCAGAUACAGUUGGGACUCUCAGUCUUAUUAUGCUGGCUCAAGCUCAAGAAGUCUUUUUUUUGAAAGCGACAAGAGAUAAAAUGAAAGAUGGUAUCAUAGCUAAAUUAGCAAAUCAAGCUGCAGAUUACUAUGGUGAUGCUUACAAACAGUGUCAAUAUAAAGAUACUUUGCCCAAGUAUUUUUAUUUCCAGGAGGUGUUUCCUGUUCUGGCUGCAAAGCACUGCAUUAUGCAGGCCAAUGCAGAAUAUCAUCAGUCUAUCCUGGCAAAACAACAGAAGAAAUUUGGUGAAGAAAUUGGGAGAUUACAGCAUGCAGCAGAUUUGGUGAAAACGGUAGCAUCUCGUUAUGAUGAAUAUAUAAAUGUUAAAGAUCUGGUUGACAAAAUCAACCGCGCACUUGCAGCUGCCAAAAAAGAUAACGACUUCAUUUACCAUGACCGGGUUCCUGACCUGAAAGAUUUGGAGUCCAUUGGAAAAGCCAGUCUUGUGAAGUCUACUCCAGUUGUUGUUCCACUCAGUCAGAAAUUCACUGACCUGUUUGAGAAGAUGGUUCCAUUGCAAGUGCAGCAAUCUGUGAGUGUUUAUAACCAGAGGAGGGCAGAUCUAGUAAACAGGUCAAUAGCCCAGAUGAGAGAAGCCACAAAUCUGGCAAAUGGUGUGUUGGCUUCCCUCAAUCUUCCUGCUGCUAUUGAAGAUGUGUCUGGUGAUACUGUUCCUCAGUCUAUUUUGAACAAAUCUAAGUCUGUGAUUGAGCAGGGGGGAAUUGAGACUGUUGAUCAACUGAUCAAAGAUCUACCUGAACUGCUGCAAAGGAACAAAGAAAUUCUAGAUGAAUCUCUGAGAUUAUUAGAUGAAGAAGAAGCUACAGACAAUGACCUGCGAACAAAAUUCAAAGAACGCUGGCAGAGAACACCAUCCAAUGAACUCUAUAAGCCUCUGAGGGCAGAGGGAGCCAAUUACCAUAAUAUUUUGAAUAAAGCUAUGCAAGCAGAUGGGCAGGUGAAAGAGCGCUAUCAGACUCACCGGGAUACGAUUGCACUUCUGUGUAAGCCAGAGGCAGAACUCAAUGCAGCCAUUCCUUCUGCCAACCCAGCAAAAACACUGCAGGGAAAUGAGGUUGUUAAUGUCUUAAGAACUUUGCUGGCCAAUUUGGAUGAAGUUAAGAAGGAGAGAGAACAACUGGAAAAUGACCUGAAAUCUGUUAAUUUUGACAUGACAAGCAAAUUCCUGACUGCACUUGCGCAGGAUGGUGCUAUAAAUGAGGAGGCUAUCUCUGUGGCUGAGUUGGACAGAAUUUAUGGAAGUUACACACAGAAAGUUCAGGAGUCCAUAGAAAAGCAGGAAGAACUUCUCAAAAACAUUCAGAAUGCACAUCAGGAUUUUUCAAAGAUGAAACAAUCAAACAAUGAAUCUAAUAUAAGAGAAGAAGUCUUGAAGAACUUAGCUGUAGCGAAUGACAACUUUGUGGAACUUGUAGCAAAUUUAAAAGAAGGCACAAAGUUUUACAAUGAGCUGACAGAAAUCCUGCUGAAAUUCCAGAACAAGUGCAGUGACAUUAUCUUUGCUCGCAAGACUGAAAGAGAUGAACUGCUCAAAGAUUUGCAGCAAAGCAUUGCUAGGGAGCCCAGCGCUCCCUCCAUUCCACUGCCUAUGUAUCAGACCACUCCAGCAGCAGGAAAUAAGCCAGCAGCAUCACCCGCUCCCACUCCAGCCCCAAGAACGAUGGUGGGGACUAAACCACAGCCACCGGCACGGCCACCACCACCAGUGAUUUCUGCAGUAGGCAGUUCCUCUUCUGCAUUAGCCCCCUCUGGAACAACUGUAGCUCCUGCUGCUGCUCCAGUUCCUGCUCCAGGAGCCAGUGCACCUGCAGCAAGCACUGCAUCUUCACAGGCACAGGGACCACCUUACCCAACUUAUCAUGGUUACCCAGGGUAUUGCCAGAUGCCAAUGCCAAUGGGCUAUAAUCCAUACAUGUAUGGUCAGUAUAAUCUGCCAUAUGCACCUUCACCUGUAUAUCAAACUCCUGGACAACCACCAUAUCCACCACCUCAACAACCUGGAUACCCUUUUCCUCAACAGCCUUAUUACCAUCAGCAAUAAUGUCUCUGCAGAGAAACUCUGCUUGUUAAAAUCUGGGAGAAGUUGGCAAUAAGUGUACUAAAACUUCUAGCUUCCUUUGGUGUACACCAUACUGAACUGUAUGUAGCUAUAACUCCUGUCUCUUGUUAACUGCUCCAAAAUGUCUAGAUCAGUUUUUAUGACACUAAACUCUUUGAAAGAUCUACUGCAGUGGUUUAGACCAUAGAGUAAUGCCAGAAUUUGAGCCUAAUUCAGUGGUCUGAAGCAGUAUACUAUAUUUUGGUUAGACCAAAAUAUUUGUAUGCGAGAAUCCUGUAAGUAACAAAUAGGUUCAGAUGAAAAAAAGCAGUGUGUGCACUGGGUAUGAUAUAUUCUAUAGAACCAUAUAGCAUUUCCUUCUUCAUUUGUAUUUUUUUAGGUUAAUUAGUUUAAUUAAAAUAUGCUAUUUUGUCUAAUAAUCAAGGCCUUGUAAAUCAUCAAUAAAAAGAAAUAAAUUACUUAAGAACGGUUUAAACACUUGGCAUUCUCAUUAUCAAAAAAGUGUUUUGUGUGUCUGUAGAUUGUUUCAUUUAUCCCUUGACUUGCAUAACAUAAAUAAGUUCUCAAGGUUUUAGCCCUACAAGUGAAUUUCCACCUCUUUUCCUUGAUUCUGUAUUUUUGUGGCAGAAUCUAUAAUAACUGUUUAAGUGUUGGUAGAUAAAGUCUUACAGGUAGAGUUUUCCAAUAACUUUGAAGUGCAUUGAACCAAAAUACAUUUAUUACAAUUUUUAAAGAAUGGUUACUGUCAUGUGCAGGAUACUAUGUAAAAGAAGGGAGGUCACAGAUCUUACAGGACCAGUGAGUAGUUGUUCUGACUUUGUUUGGCAAAGAAGUGGUGGUGGGAAAUGUGUUAUUGCUCAAAAUAGGGCAAUUAUUGAUUGCUGGGACUUUGCAAUUUAUUUUUUAAAUGAUUGCUUUUUUUCCCUUGAAAUAUUUUCUGUAUUCCCUCAGGGAGCUUGUUAUCAGUGGAAAAAAAUUUCUCGGGCAAGGGGGGGAAGAAAAUCUUGAAAAAUAAACCACAUUGAAUGCUGACUUUUGGAUCCAUCAUCUCAAGGGAUAAAUAACCUUGCACUGCAUUUUGCAUAAGAUAGUGAAGAAUCUGAGUUUGGGGUUAAUGACUUCUACCAAAUAUUUGCUAACCAUUUUUCAGCUUUUUAUUUUUCUAACAGGCUUGGGCGGGACUCUCAUUUAGCUCUUGAAAAGAGUUGGUUCUAUGGGGACAGUUAAUUUCCUGAAUACUUCAUACAAGAUGUUCUGGCCUUACAGAAUAACUAUCACAGUACCUAUGUUGCUAAAAGUUGCUCCUUUGUCUUUCUAUUAAAGUGCCUGAUUGAGAUAUUGAGGUAUAUUUUAUUGUAGGUGUUUAGGGGUGCCAGUUAUUUUAGCAUCUGGGUGGAAAUCUCCCUGGAUCAUGAAUAUUUUUCCUCAUAAAGAAAGCAGCAUUUAAAUUCAUAUGAGCUCCUUUCUUUUUGUCUCAAGUUCCUCUUGCUGUGUGAUCAUCCUGAUUACUUUGUGGAUCCUCCUUGUCUUUAAUACUAAUCACUAACCUCCAUAGAAAAUGUAGAACAAAAGGUAGAAAUAAGUACCCUUUAUAGAACUUACUGAGUACAUAAUUCUAAACAAAUUUAUUAAAUCUGUAGAAGCUCAGUGAUGUGGGGAAUAUGAUGGAGUAAGGGAAUACAGCACCACAGAUGAAACUGCUGCAUAAAGACAGGUGCUUUGCAUUUCUUUGUAAACAUUGCUGAAUGGGGUGGCACAGAAACCGCCCCAUUUUUUUUUUUCCUGGUAAGAAGACUUGAGGCAAGCGAGAACAAUUAGAAAAAGCUAGGGAGAUAACUGGAAACAGCAAUCAGAACCUGAUUUUAUUCUAACUGGAAAAACAGUAGUUUUCCACUAAUUUCACUGUGUCAAUGUGAGCAAGUGAAAGUCUAAUACAACCUUUUAAAUUCUAAACUUUUAGUAUGCCAUGGGCUGUAGGUUUUUCAGUUCACACAUUAGAUGCAUUUGAGCUGUUGUGUAAGUUUGUUUAUAGUGCCUCAAUUGAUAAAACUUAUUUUCAUGCUGUAUAAAAAAGUAAUUUGUUCCAGCUUAAAGAUUCUUAGAACUGAAAUUUUACUUUUUAAAAUUUCAUAGAUCUGGAAUUACUGUCAAAACAUUUUUUUCCAGUUUUGUUUCUGCUUGCUUUAGUCUAUUAUUUGAAUAUGUGUAGAAAUCUAGGCAUUAUGUUCAGUUUUUCUCCUUUUUUUUUUUCCUAAACAGAACAGAAAAAUCCAGAGACGUAUUAUGUAUGUGCUUUUAAGCAUGCAGUUAUCAUGACUUUGGUUGAAAUGUUACCUUGUUCUUCUAUAGUUUAUUAAAAAAAUCAGUUAGAAAACCUGA